GAAAAAGCGUGUGUGAGCAAGGAGGCCUACAAACCUGAGUCAGUUACACCAGCUCUGUCCGGAGGAAUGGGCCAAAAUUUACAUUUCAGUAAUUGUGAAAACUGAGUUUAAAUGUAUUUAGCUAAGGUGUAUGUAAAUUGCCGACUUCAACUAUACAUAGUUAUUUAACACUGGUGACUUUAAUAAUGUUUACAUACUGUUUUACCCACUUCAUAUGUAUAUACUGUAGUCUAGGCAAGGCUCAUCCUUAUAGAACAGGUGCUGUUCACACCUUUUCACACCUUUUCUAUUCAUAUACUGUCCAUAAUGUCUAUACACACCAUCAUAAACAUAUAUAUUUAUAUUCUGGAGUCUGACAUUGCUCGUUCUGAUAUUUCUUAAUUAAAUUUUUUGGCUUUGUGUGUAUUGUUUUGUAUUGUUAGGUAUUACUGCACUGGUGGAGCUAGAAACAUAAGCAUUUCGUUGCACCUGCGAUAAUAUCUGCAAAAUAUGUGUACACAACCAAUACAUUAUUAAUUUGAACCCGUCUAUUGUGCGGUUAUCUUCUUAACUGAUUUUUGUCUGCAUAACAUUUUUACAAAUCAGUUUUACAAGUUGUCUGUUAAAAUAGGCUACAUACAGUGCAGGAGGGCGUACUCUACAUACCCCAAGGGUGUUGUGAGGAGCCCUUACAAGAGUCCCUAUUUUUUUAUGACAGUCGUCAGACAAGUCUUUCUUGUUUAUUAGUCAGUCUUUAAAUGAUAGGUCCUGUUUACCCUCCAACCACAGCUGACCUGUAGCAUCUUGCACACACUUUCUCUCUCUGCCUACAGUACAUAGCUAAGAGUAACUGCCACACUGCUCUGACACAUCUUAGUCCUUAAGUGACUUUAACAUGGAUUUACUACAUGUACUGCAGACUAACAUUUUGUCCAUAAUAAUGGCUAUAGUGGUUAUUAUUUUACUUUGGAAGUACAUGGGGAAACAGAGCAGCUAUGGACGUUUGCCUCCGGGUCCUUCACCAAUUCCUCUGCUUGGUAACUUGUUACAAAUGGAUCUGAAACGACCGGACAUGUCCUACAUGGAGUUCAGUAAGAAGUAUGGCUCAGUGUUUACUGUAUGGCUGGGCUCCAAACCUGUAGUGGUGAUCUCUGGCUAUCAGGCUAUCAAGGACGCUUUCGUCACACAAGGAGAAGAUUUCAAUGGAAGAGCCAACUCUGCCAUUACCCUGAAACUCAUUAACGAACACGGGGUGGGAUUGAGUAAUGGGCAGAGAUGGAAAACUCUUCGCAGUUUCUCCUUGAUGUCCCUGAAAAACCUUGGAAAAGGAUGCAGGAGCCUCGAGGAGAGGGUCCAAGUGGAAGCUAAGAGUCUAGUGAAAGCCUUCAGUGAAUAUGGAGAUUCCACUGUCAACCCCAAAGAACUCCUGUUCCAUUCUAUCAUCAACCUAUUCUGGUCCAUAGUCUUUGGGCGCAGGUUUGAAUACAACGACCCAGAGUUUCAGAUCCUCUACAAGCCUGUCUAUACAUACUUCGACAUGCUAAAAAGCAAAGUGGCAAUGCUGUACAACAUUUCCCCCAGAAUCGUUGAGUGCUUUCCAGGAAAACACCAUGAGCUGUUUAAGGCCAUAGACAAGGCCAAAGCUUACAUACGAGAGGAAGCAGAUCGUCGCCUUAAAAACCUGGACGCCUCUAACCCCCAGGACUACUUCGAUGUCUUCCUGGUUAAAAUGCUGGAGAAGGGUCAGCCCGAGACUGAGUUCAACUAUGACAACUUGUUUCCGUGUGUGUGGGAUCUGUUUGCUGCUGGCACGGAGACCCAGUCCUCCACCCUAUCACAUGCCUGUCUGAUGAUGAUCAAGUACCCUGACAUCCAAGAGAAAGUUCAGAAGGAGAUAGACGAGGUGAUUGGCUCAAACAGAGUCCCCACAGUUGACGACAGACAUAAGAUGCCCUACACGGACGCUGUAAUCCACGAAAUCCAGAGAAGUAUGAGUCUUGCUCCUAUUGCUUUCCCUCACCAAAUGACCCGAGACACAACGUUCCACAACUACCACAUCCCAAAGGGAACCACAGUGUUUCCACUGUUGUCCUCUGUGCUGUUUGACCCCAAACUGUUCAAGAACCCAGAUGAGUUUGACCCAGAGAACUUCCUGGAUGAAAAUGGAGUCUUUAAGGAAAACAACGGAUUUCUUGUUUUUGGACUGGGGAAGCGGUACUGCCUGGGAGAUGGAAUGGGGAUUCCCAGGACGGUGCUCUUCCUGUUCUUUACUUCCCUUCUUCAGCGCUUCACCUUCAGGGGCACCAAACCUCCAGAGGAAAUUGACGCCAGUGUUGUAUCCUACUUUCAUGGUCGCCUGGCGCGCCCCUACACCUGCUAUGUCAAACUCAGGACACCAAAUAUUUAAUUGAUCAAACAGCAUUUAAUCUUGAUGAAAUUCAAUGUGAUUUCUUUUCUGAAUAAGGAACCUCAACAGCAAA